CUGGGGCGUCCUGGGGUCUCACCGCCCGGCCUUCCAGGACGCGGGAGUGUCGGGGGGACAGCUUGAAAGUUUCAGGACUCUAGGAUCUCAACGUUUUGGAAUCAGUGUUGGUCUCCUGGCGACUUCUAGAACCUUGGGGUCCCAGAACGUUCAGAACUGGCUUUCCGCGCCCCUAGGACCUCGGAAUUCGGAAUCUUGGCCGGUCGGGGUUCGGGCAGUUCGGGAUUGCGGGACCUCGACGAUUCUGAGCCGCGGAAGCUCGCGGCCUCACGUUCCAGGCGGGGUGGGGGUCGCGGUAGCGAGGCCAGGGUUUGUGGGUCGCGGCCGCGUCAGGGCGGGGCCCCGGGGGAGAGCGGCGUCCUCCGACCAUACAAGGCAAAGGGCGGCGGGAACCACCCUGGGGCGGAGGAGCCCAGCGCCCCGCGCCCGGAAGCCGCCCCGCGAAGACCCCGCCCAGUUUUGGGAAAAGGCUCAAGUCCCCCAUACCUGGAGACGAGGAUUGGGAAAGAGAGACAGAAACCCAGAGACACUGGAGAGCGAGAGCAAGGCACGCAGACACUGAAAGAACAAGAAGUAACACGGUCUGGUCCUUCCCUUUGCAAAAACAGAUUUUCUGCCCCUUCCAAACCAACCAACCAACCCUCACCUGAGAAAAUGGCACCUACCACCAGGUUGUUAUUUUGUACACCUUGGACUAAUACAAUGAUAUGCGGCGAUUAUAUCUCGACAAAACUGGAGGGAAGAAAUUCAAGACAGAGACAGAUGGAGGAGAGAGUGUCACAUACAGAGUUUGCAGAGGACCCAAAAGUCUGGCAUGUGCAGAAGUCUUGAACUGAGAUUUGCAGACCCAGGCAUCUAAGAGGUGAUGCCACCCCCUGGUGACGAUGAAGAGAACGGCACCUCCCACAAUACACAACACUCCCUUAGCGACCAUCGUCAGAGUCCCAGGAGUCUUUCCAGUUUGAAAAUUCCAAAGAUUGAAACGUUCAUUCCUCUAAGUGAUGUAGGUGUUCGGCUCGAUCAAUAAGACAUAAAUCUCUAAAAUACUGAUAUGAAGAAAAGUUGCUCCAGGUGAGGAUCGAACUCACAACCUCGGCAUUGCUCCGCUUGCACUGCUAUAUAAGUACCGCGCGCUAACCGAUUGCGCCACUGGAGCUUCGGCCGCACCCUUGCGUCCCGGGGUCCUUCAGUCGUUCUUGACCACGUGACCUCACUGGCUAGCUCCGCCUCAUCUUUGCAUAUACAAAUAGGAACCUUUGGGUUGGCCAAUAGGAGAAAGUGCGUUACCAGUUCCGGAUUCUCACGCCUCGAAGGCUCUUGCUGUAAAAGGGAAAAGUCUGAAAGGCGUUUGGAAUGUGGGGGUGUAGCCUGCCUGGGACUCGCCUUCUUAUGAAUAUUCAGAGCCUGGGGAGGAAGGGUCUUAACCCUUAGCUGGCUGGCCAGCCGGAAGGCGGCCCCUCCCCCCUGCGGGCGGGAACAGGAUAUGAGCCCGGGCGGCUGGGGGGAGGGGAGGCCUCGGGCGACUGCCCCCUGCCCCACAGCUGAGACCGGACUAUCCAGCCCUAGAUGUGGCGCCGCCACCGUCCGAGACCCGUGCCACCCAUCUUGGAGCCUGAGGGGUCCAGAGUCGCAGACUCCAACAGCCCGAAACUCUGCACCGCAUCCCGAGAGACCCCCGAAGCCCAGGCCCCACCCAGCGUCCAAGCUUGAGGACCCUAGACAUCCAGGUGCCCAGCGCCCCCUCCUGGAGAAGCCAGGAGUCUCCUUCAGCCCCGCGCGACCCUGUAGGCCCAGCUUCCUGCGCUCAGUUUCGAAGAACUUAGGAUCCCAGACCGGAGUUUCCCUCCAGAGUUUCCCAGAAAGCUAAGGCCAAGACUCCCCGGGUUGGAGAAACUUGGGAUACGGACUCCUAGUGUCCUACCCAGCCUGUUUAGAGCUGAAGCGCCCACUACUUCAAGGGAAAGGGACCCUGGAAUUUGGGGCUCCCUGCACUCCUGCCUAGAGAUGGUUUAAUUCCUGCUCUUAGAGUUAGGGGAACUCAGGAAUACGGACUCCCCCCCGACCCACGAACCCAUCUAGAAGGCUCAGGAAUUUGGGUUCCCAGCACCACUAUCUGAGAUUCAAGAGUCGAGGCUCCCAGCAUCUUCUGCUUAGAGGACCAAAGAAAUUCGGACCACUGCACCCCAUUUUCGGAGAGAUCCCGGAGUUUGUUCUCGGAACCUGAGAGCACGAAGUUAACACCUCGGACUUGCUGAGACGCGGGAGCCCCGGUUCUGCUCCUCCUCGGAGACCGUGCGAGGGUCGAAUAGCAACCGGGCUGCCUCGCUCUGGGGCUGGAGACUCCCCGGGAGAAGCCGCUCAGCCACUCAGCCAUGCCUGAGGGAGCCCGUGGACUGGGCUUGUCCAAACCCAGCCCUCGCCUCGGCCGCAGAGGUGAAGAGUGUGACUGUGCAGCCGUGUGUGAGACUCGGACAGCCCCUGCACCCCCCGCCAUGGCCUCGCCCCGAGGUUCUGGGAGCUCCACGUCCCUGAGCACGGUGGGCUCCGAGGGAGACCCGGCCCCAGGGCCUGCCCCAGCCUGCCCCGCCUCCAGGCCAGAGCCCCUUCCGGGGCCCCCCAUCCGCCUGCAUCUGUCACCUGUGGGGAACCCCAGUUCGGCAAAACCCUCGCGGCUGGAGCGUGUGGCCCGUGAGAUCGUGGAGACAGAGCGGGCCUAUGUCCGGGACCUCCGCAGCAUCGUGGAGGACUACCUGGGCCCUCUGCUGGAUGGCGGGGUCCUGGGGCUGAGUGCGGAGCAGGUGGGCACGCUGUUUGCCAACAUCGAAGACAUCUAUGAGUUCAGCAGCGAGCUCCUGGAGGACCUGGAGGGCAGCAGCAGUGCCGGGGGCAUUGCCGAAUGCUUCGUGCAGAGGAGCGAGGAUUUUGACAUCUACACGUUGUACUGCAUGAACUACCCAAGCUCCCUGGCCCUGCUCCGGGAGCUGUCACUGUCUCCGCCAGCGGCCAUGUGGCUGCAGGAGCGCCAGGCCCAGCUCCAGCACUCCCUGCCCCUGCAGAGCUUCCUGCUCAAACCCGUUCAGCGCAUCCUCAAGUACCAUCUGCUGCUGCAGGAGCUCGGCAAGCACUGGGCAGAGGGCCCAGAUGCCGGGGGCCGGGAGAUGGUGGAGGAGGCUAUCGUGUCCAUGACAGCAGUCGCCUGGUACAUCAAUGACAUGAAACGCAAGCAGGAGCACGCUGCGCGCCUCCAGGAGGUGCAGCGGCGGCUGGGCGGCUGGACCGGCCCGGAGCUCAGUGCCUUUGGGGAGCUGGUGCUGGAGGGUGCAUUCCGAGGUGGUGGAGGGGGCGGCCCCCGACUUCGAGGGGGUGAACGGCUGCUCUUUCUAUUCUCACGGAUGCUGCUCGUGGCCAAGCGCCGGGGGCCGGAAUACACCUACAAGGGCCACAUCUUUUGUUGCAACCUGAGCGUGAGUGAGAGCCCUCGAGACCCCCUGGGGUUCAAGGUGUCCGAUCUGACCAUCCCCAAGCAUCGGCACCUGCUCCAGGCCAAAAACCAAGAAGAAAAGAGGCUGUGGAUUCACUGUCUCCAGCGCCUCUUCUUUGAGAACCACCCUGCCUCCAUCCCUGCCAAGGCAAAGCAAGUUCUUCUUGAAAACAGCUUGCACUGUGCUCCCAAAAGUAAGCCUAUCCCAGAGCCCCUGACACCCCCACUUGGGUCUCCCCGACCUCGAGAUGCUAGAAGUUUCACCCCUGGACGAAGGAACACAGCUCCAUCACCAGGACCCGCUGCUACCCGACGCGGCCGCAGACAGUCUGAGCCUCUGAAGGACCCUUAUGUCAUGUUUCCACAGGAUGCUAAGCCUAGACUCAAGCACACUGGCAGUGAGGGGGAGCUCUACCCCCACUUAGAGCCUCAGCCACCAGUUCCAGCUUCCAGACCCCCGGAGGAUCUGGAGGACCCGGAGGACCCUGGACCCCCCACGCUGGACCCCUCUGGGACCUCAAUCACUGAAGAAAUCCUGGAGCUGCUGAACCAACGAGGCCUCCGGGAUCCGGGGUGCCCACUGCAGCCACCCCACCACGACAUCCCCAAGUUUCCCGGAGACUCUCAGGGGCCAAGCGACGGUGACACCCUCGCAUUCCAAGCCCUGCCCAGCCGGGACUCUUCAGAAGAGGAGGAGGAAGAAGAACUGGAUAUGGACGAACGGGAGCCUUCCCCACUCCACGUCUUAGAGGGCCUCGAAAGUUCCAGUGCGGCUGAAAUUCCCGACAUUCCCAGCCUUUCCAAAAAUCCUGACGUACCCAACCUCCCUGAAAUUUCUAGCCUUUCUGAAAUUCCCCCAAUUCCCCACCUUCCCAGUCUCUCAGACAUCUCCGGUGUUUUUGAAGUGCCCAGCCUUCCAGCCAUGGCGAGUGUCCCCGACAUCCCUGGCCUUCCCAGCACCCCCGGCCUCCCCUGCGACUCCUGGCUCCAGGGAGCUCUGCAGGAGCCGGGUGAGGCUCCAGCCUCCAGGAGAGAACUGUUCCCUGCAAGCAGUUCUGGAAAACGGGGGGAGCCCUCCGCAGAAAGGAAGGCGGGGCCGGAGGAGGGGGAGGGAGUAUCAUUCCCAGAUUUCCAGCCCCGGGAUGUCCCCCCAGACCACGGAUUCGCGGAGGAGCUGGAGUUCCGCUCGUGCUCAGAAAUCCGGAGCGCCUGGCAGGCUCUGGAGCAGGGGCAGCUGGCCCGGCCAGGUUUCCCCGAGCCACUGCUGAUCCUGGAAGAUUCGGAUCUGGGCGGAGGCAACGGGAGCGGGAAGGCGGGAGCCCCGACGUCAGAGAGGUCAGCGUCCCGAGUGCGAGAGUUGGCCCGGCUUUACAGUGAGCGGAUCCAGCAGAUGCAGCGGGCUGAGACCCGGGCAUCGGCCAAUGCCCCCCGCCGCCGGCCGCGGGCUCUGGCCAAGCCCCAGCUGUUGCCCUGCCCGCUGCAUGAGCAGGCCGAGCCAGGGCCCCUUCCUGCCUUUGGACAUGUGCUGGUAUGUGAGCUGGCCUUCCCGCUGACCUGUGCCCAGGAAUCUGUGCCCCUAAGCCCUGCAGCCCAGGUUCAAGCUGCCACACCUUUGACUAAGCAGGGAGGCUGCCUGGAUGGCCGGGAUCUAAAGGAUUCAAGUUUGCCUGAGCAAGACCACCCGGGCACCCGGGUUCCCGCGGCUCCGCCUCUGCCUGAGCAAGGCCGCCUUUGGAACAUCCCGAUUCCAGCCGCCACACCUUUACCCGAGCAGGAAGUCCCCUCAGACGGCCCGCCUCCGGCUAUUACAGCUUUGCCUGAUCAAGAAGUCCACCUGGAAACUCACGUUCCGGCUGCCACUCCUUUGACUGAAUAUAGAGGCCAGCUGGACAGCCAGGUGCCGACCUCCCCAGCUUUGCCCAAGCAGGAAAGUUGUUCUGAUGUCAUGGUUUUAACCACCACUCCUAUGCCCAAGGGAGAAGGCCACCUGGACAGCCAGAGCCCAACCAACACCACAUUAACUCAGCAAGGAGGUUCCAGGGACGAUCUGGUCCCAGCCACUGCCUGUGACCAAGCCGUCGAUCCUCAGGUCCCAGCCGACACCCCACUGCCCCCUCAACAUGACCUCCCAGACACUCAGAUUCUGGGUACCUCCCCUUUGCCUGCACACGGGGGCCACGAAGACCGUCAGAUGCCAGCUGAGGCUGUGUUUUCCGUGCCCCAGGACCUCCCAGGUUUUCAGGUUCCAGCUGCCACACCUUUGCCCCAGCCCCAAGGCCUCACAGACACCGGGGUCCACACCCUCUCACCUUUGCCCCAGCAGGGAGGCCUCUCAGAUGUCCAGGGUCCAGCUGCUGUGCCUCUGCUUCAGGAGCCACGCCUCACAGACCUGCAGGUUCAGAAACUGACACCUUUGUGGGAGCAGAAGAACCUCGCCAACAGCCACGUGUCGGCCGCCGCCCCUUUGCCUGAGCAGGGAAGCCCUUGGGAUGUUCAGGGCCCGUUCCCCAGCCCAGUUCAGACCACCGUGGUUUGCUGCAAACCAGGAGGCCACUCAAUCCCUCAUGUUGCCAGUUCAGAGUCUUCAGACUUGACCCCACCCCACAGUCCCCCACCCCCAACCCGUCAGCUCCUGGGCCCCAGCGCAGCUGCCCUCUCAAGAUACCUGGCAGCCUCAUACAUCAGCCAGAGUCUGGCCCGGCGGCAGGGGCCUGGAGGAGAGGCCCCCCCAGCCUCCCGGGGCCCUUGGUCCUCCUCUGCCCCCACAUCACGGGCCCCUUCACCACCGCCCCAGCCCCAGCCCCCACCGCCCCCAGCCAGGAGGCUCAGCUACGCCACCACAGUCAACAUCCACGUUGGGGGUGGCGGGCGGCUACGGCCAGCCAAGGCCCAGGUCAGGUUGAACCACCCUGCUCUCUUGGCACCCCCCCAGGAAUCUGUGGGCCUUCGCAGAGCCCAGGGGGCUCCGGAUGCCCCUUUCCACAUGUGACCCAGGAUGUUGGGCUUCUUGAAAAGCAAAGACUUCAGCCACAUACCACAGAGCCUCAGAAUUCACAGAGGUCCAGACACUGAACGCAGGUCCAAAAAUUGCUACAGUUUCCCAAUGCCUGGGAUCUUUGGUGAUUGGUCCUUAUUACUUACCUGGAUUUACCCAGCAGGGAUGGGCAAGGGGAGUGUCAUUAAUAUUUUGUUAAUUAA